AUGUUGGAAGUCGGAACCAAUAUCCUGGUGGACCUCGAAGACGGCCAGGGUCCUAUCCCAGCCAAGGUUCUGCAUUGCAGCGCGACGGGCCGCAGUUGCCGUCUGGAAUUAGAGAAUGGGGAGGAGAGGAAGAUCAACCUUCCAAAGUUCAGCUACUCUGUCAUCGAUGACGGGCCAGAGGGCAGAGCGAAGGGAGAUGAGGCAGUCAAGCCCAGCUCCCCAGACUCAUUGGAUGAGGAGCAGGACGCAGCAGGCAGCGGUGAUUCUGCCUCAGAUGAUGCCAGCGAGGAUGAGGCAGGAGCGGCUGAGGCGAAUGGCGGAGGGGCUGUCGAUGCCGAGGAAGAUGACGAGGCGGAUUCCGAGUCUGCCAGAGACUCGGAGGACCUCGGGAGCGAGGGGGAGGAGUCGGAGGGCAGCGAGGACCGGGCGCUAGAUAUUUUUACCCCGGAGCAGGCGGCGCCCCUGCGGGCCCUGCGCGUGGCCGCCACGCCAACCGCCUUCCUGCAGGCCUCCGGCGAGCUGGCCGAGCUGGCGCGCCUGGCGGCUCGCGCGCUGUACGCGGUCGCGGUAUCCACCUCGGUGCAGGCGCCCGCCGGCGCGCUGCCCGAGCUGUAUGUCGAUGGCUUUGACCCUGAGCAGAUCUGGCUCCAGCUGGACAUGCUGGGCGCCCUGGCCCUGAAGCGGGUGCGGCGGCUGCUGAAGAAGACCAGGGAGGACUUUGACCUGCUCACCCCGGACAGCGCAGAGGCCCUGGACGAGCUGCUGGGGCUGACUGCCGGCCCAUCGGAUGGAGAGGAUGAGGCCAGUGAUGAGGAUGGCAGUGAGGGCGCUGGGCCUCACCCGAGUGACCAGCUGGACCUGGCUGAGCUGGACUACGGCGCCAUGCUGGCGGGUGACCAGCCUGGCCAGACAAGGAAAGCCGGCGAGGGGGAGGACGCCCGGCCCAAGGGAGGGAAGUCGACGAGCCAUGCGCUGGCUGCCGUGGAGGACGAGCACCUGAAACUCGACGAGAUGGAGGCCUUCCUCCAGGAUGCGGAGCGCGCAGCAGCCGAGGAAGAUGGGGCCGAGGGCUCAGAGGAGGAGGAGGCGGGACUCGAGGCUGCGCUGGACGAGGCGGAGGCGAGGAAGCACAAGAAGAAGCAGCGCAGGGCCAAGUUCCCUGGCCUGGUCUUUGGCGACGAUGACAUCGAUGCUGACGAGGACGGCGCGGCGCUGGAGGAGGGCGCCGAGGCCAUGUAUGAGGACUUCUUUGGCCCUCGCAAGGCCGGAGGGCCCCAGCCCGGUCGCACCGCAGAGCGGCAGAGCAAGUCGGCAGCCGCGCUGCAGGCCGCCCUGGAGGAGAAGGAGCUGGCGGGAGGUGGAGAGGGCUCCCAGCCGGGCGACGAGGAGGAGGAGGAGGGGUCCGAGGAGGAGAAAGAAAGCGGGCCCGAGGGCGCCGGCCCCCUGAGCAGCGACGAGGAGGACGUCGGCUUCGUGCACCGCCCAGACCGCGCCGUCGCUGCCGCAAAGACCCUGGAGCCCGGAGAUGCGGCCGGCGCGCAGCAGCGGCUGUCCACCCACGAGCGCCAGAUGGCCAAGAUGGCAACCCGGAUCAGGUCGUUGGAGGCCGAGGCCAUGGCGGCCAAGGACUGGUUCCUGCGCGGGGAGGUGGGGGCCAUGCAUCGCCCGCUCAACUCCGCGCUGGAGGUGGACAUGGACUACGACACCACCGUGGCCCCCGCCCCUGCGCCCACCGAGGAAAGCACGGCCAGCCUGGAGGACCGCAUCAGGGCACGAAUCCGGGAGGGGCGCUUCGACAGCGCGGUGCGCACCGCGCCGCCGCCCGAGGAGGGGAAGAACAGGGAGGACAGGGGUCCGGAGCUGGACGACAAGCGCUCCGCCAAGGGCCUGGCGGAGCUGUACGAGGAGGACUACGUCAAGACCGUCACAGGGGUGACCGAGGACAAGGACGAGCCGAUCCGUGCCAACGCCCGAGCGCUAUUCGCAUCGCUGUGUGCCAAGCUGGACACGCUGUCGCACCUGCACUUCAGGCCGGCCCCCGUGGUGGAGGAGGCCGGGCCCCGGCCGGAUGCUCCCGCCAUCCUCAUGGAGGAGGUUGCGCCACAGUUUGUGUCUGUGGCGAGCCAACGGGCCCCCGAGGAGGUCCAUGCGCCUCUGGAAAAGGGCGGGGUUGCCCCCGCCGAGACGGAGCUGGAGCGGGAGGACCGAAAGCGGCGGCGCGCCCAGAAGAAGCGUGGCGCCAAGAAGCACAGGGCCGCCAAGGACGCGGAGCGCGCGGCCAGGGAGCAGAGUCUGGGCGGGCUGGGCCCCAUCGCCGGCCGAAACGCUGACCACUUGCUUAGGAACAAGCGUGGCGCGCCCCCAGCAGACAAGCCUUUGGCCCGUGGCCACUUCACAAAGUCCAAGGCCGUGUUUGCUGGCAUCCAGAGUGCUCAGGACAGCGGGAAACGAGCACCAGCGGUGGACUCAGGGUCCGGCCCCUCCGCCAAGAAAUUGCGGCUGUGA